GGCACGGUGGAUGUGCUCUUCAAUUGCGCAGGUGCAGCCCUGGCGCAGACCUUUGAGGCGAGCCCGCCGGAUGUCUUCGAUCGUCUCAUCCGACUAAACUAUCUGGGCGCGGUGCAUGUAACUAAGGUUCUUCUACCCGCCAUGCUCUCUCCAUUAGGUAUGGGGGUGAAAAAAGAGAGAAACGCCUCGCAACGACGCAUCGCGUUUGUCUCCUCUCUCGCCAGCCUUGUGCCGAUAUACGGAUUCUCCGCUUACGCUGCUGCCAAAUCGGCUAUCACCACAUUCGCUGAUAUCCUGCAACAGGAAUUAGAAGAUGUGGGCCCUGCUGUCACAAUCAUCUUUCCACCUGACACAGAUACUCCCGGCUUACAGGCGGAGAACGUGGGUAAACCAGCAACAACCCGAGCAAUAUCAGAGGCGGGUGGAUUAGAGUCGCCGGCGGCAGUGGCGGCUAGUGCGAUGCAUGAUGUGCUUUUGGGCCGUCAGCGCUCCCUUCUCGGUGCUACAGGGCGCGCACUUUCAUGGGCCACUGCAGGUGUUAGUCGCGCUCAGCAAGACUGCCCGUUGCCCCUCCCACCCCCUUUCGUUGCUGUGAUCGAGAUCCUUCUGGCGCCAAUUUUCAAGGUUGCCCUCUUCGGCUUUGCUUACUGGUGCCGCGCUUGCAUUCUGUGGCAUAGUCGUAAAGGGAGGCAGCAGGGACAGUAA